AUGUCUGAAGGUCUAAUGGAAUUUAAAAAGACAGAUUUGGUAGAGAUGAUAAAAGGGAAAUUUUCUUGGGGUCGUCCUAGACAACGCUGGAUAGUCAGGAUCAAUGAUGGUUUAAAGAAGUGCGCACGGGAUGUUACAGUAAUAGGUAGCACGGACAGUAAGAUGGAAGAUUGUUGUAGAAGCAGCAAAUGUUUUUCAAAGACAGUAAAACUUUUAGUAGAAGAAGACGAAUAUUUUAUCGCAGAAGGAAAUCGGGAAAUUUUGCUCGGUGGUGAGGAGGGGGGUGGGGGUUCGACAUUAUUUUUUCGUUUGCGCAAUAUAAUAUUAUCAAGUCUAUGAAUUUAAUCAAGGCCUAAUGCAUUGUCGAUCGUUUUUCAAAAAACAGAUAGACUCGUUACGUUCUAUUAAUAUAAAUUAAUAAUAUUGUUGUUUAAGUUUUAAAUAGUGUAAUUUUGAUACUUCAUUUAUUGAGUAGAUAGACAUCCGCAUGCAGCGGCGUCUAAACUAUAUUUUUAUGACGUGGCGGUAUUUGAAAUUCAAAAUCACCACCCACCUGAAAAACUCUAUAUAGAUAUUAAACGUGCACUUUCCGACCCCUAGAACCAAUUGCCUGCCUUGAAUGUCUAGACCCAUUCUACUCGACUGUGCCAAAUCCCAAUUACCGGAAACACCCACCCACCCACCCAAAACACGGUGUGUAGUAACUGCUACACUCGAGGGAUAGUUUGGGCGCCACUGAGAAAAUAAGACGUUAAAGGUGUACGUUCAUUUAAUUGCGUUUUGAUGUAUCGAAUCGACGUCGAUAUUUCCUGAGUAACCAUAGGAGGGGGGCGGUGACGUGUGCACAGUUCGAUUUAGAAUUAGAAACGUCAGCUCCCCUCGGAUUUUCUACUCUAGUUGCGCCCAUGAAACAACAGUUACAUACGCCUUUCGGGAAUUGCGAAUGAAAUAAUAUUGUGAUUUAUGACGCGGUCGAUGAAUUAUUAUUAUUUUUGUUGUUGCGGUGCACGGAGAGAGAGCGUGUACAAAAGCGGUGAAUACGCCACCUACGGGUGCCUACGUACGCCACAUAUUGUAAUAGGUGUAUGUGUGUUAUUAUAAUGCUGGCGAGACAAAGCCACACAGAUUAGAAUAAUAAUAGUAGUAGUAGUAGUAGUAGUAGUAUGCAUACCGCAUUAUCGCGAUCCGUAUCACGAGGACUACGCUCCGUCUGCUCGAUAAUUAAAUGGACAUUCUAUUAUCGCACGAACGAACGAGCAUCCGUAGCGAGGAGAACCACGGAAACGGCGAGACGGCCGCAUACGGACAGCGCUAAACCGCAUAGAAUAUUAUUGGGUAUGGUACACCUACGGUCGGUGGUGCACGCACCGCAGAGAUAUUGUCGGACGAUCACAGUAAUAAUAAAUAAACAUGAGUGACAAACGCGCCUGUUAUAAUGUGACGCGAUGGUAUGGUUUUUCUUCGCGGUUCAAACAAAUCGGCGCGUUAUGCCGUUGUUUUUUGUUUGGGGGGGGGGCCCUUGACUAUGAUACCGUUCCGUACGACAAUGGCAUCGAUUUAACCGCACAAUACAACGGGUAAGUGUAUGGGCGCACCUGUGCCUUUCGAACACCCCGAUGUAACGAGCGAUUUCCAUUUCGGAUCGGUAAUCGGAUAUUAUUAUCGGUGAUAUUUCCGGGCGCACUCUCGAAUCGGGAGCACACGCGUUGCGGCCCGGGAAAAUCUAGGACGCAAAUCGUGUAUUUUAAUCGGAUGAUCUUAAACUAAAAUAAAUAACAAUUAUAAAUACAAUCGUGAGUCAUUCGAAAAUCGGUCUGAGAAAUGUAAUAAAAAAAAUAAAAAAUAAAAAUAAAUGUUAAAUCAAUUAAUACUAUUUAGUUAAUAGUAUUAUAUUUUGUCUUUAUUACGAUCAAUGUGUUUAAUAUUAUUUUUUUAUUGUGAAUUGUGACUUAAGUUGUCACCAGUCAGUACUCACUAGUCGGCGGUACGCGCUGUUUGAACGCUUAUUAUAAAAUUAAUAAAAAAAAAAUCCUAAAACGAUAUUUUUUUUAUCGAUUCAGUCUAUGCACAAAUAAAUAAAGCAUUAAAAAAAGAAAUUUAAGAAAAGAGGGCUCGCCUUCGUUCAAUUAUUAAAAGUGUUUUAUUUUGUGGACAGCAAGGCAUUCCGAUAAGAGGUCAUAGGGAUUCAAGAGUACUUUCUGUGAUCGAAGAAGAAUGUAGUGCUCACAAUCAAGGGAGUUUUAGGGUGUUAACUCGAUUUAGAAUAGAUUCUGGCGACAAUACGCUUAAAAAUCGUGUAGUUACGACUAAAAAAAAACGCAACAUAUUUAAGUCCAACGAUCCAAAACGAAAUUAUAUCAGUGUAUAACAAAUUGAUUUUAAAGCAAUUAGUAGACAAAAUAAAUAAUGCUAAAUCAUUCACCAUAUUGGCGUUGUUUCAUCUGCCAAUAAAUCUCAAAUAAAGAACAAAUGUCAUUAUGUGUUCGUUAUGUAGACGUGUUUGAAAAAAAAAUUCAAGAAGACUUCUCGCAAUUUAUCGAAAUUCAUGAUAUGUCUGGUAAAAGACUGUCUGAUAUAAUUCUAAAACCUAUGACCGAUUUGGGACUCAACUUGCAUUAUUUAACUGGUCAAGGGUAUGACGGCGCAGCAGCCAUGAGUUUGUAA